GAUCCGGUCAGCCCGGGGGAAAGCCGGGCACGGUGCGUUCCCCAGCCGCGUUUCCGAGCCGCGUUUCCCACGUUUGAGCCCCCCGGGAGGCUGCGGAGGCCGGGCAGCCUGCAGCGGGCGGCCAGGCCGGCGUCUGAAGGAGCCCGAGGAGCGGCAAGGCUUCCCGCAGCUCCCUCUGCCCCCGCUCCAGAAAUAACUUCACGGGACCGCACUUCUGCGCCCGGCGCUCAAAGCGUUGCGGGGUGGCAGGAGCGAGAAGGCGAAACAAAGCGAUCCGCUGCGUACCGUGACGAGCGGUGCGUUCUGCUGCUGUCAGUUCUGUCUGACAAGUGGCUGAUAAGAAACGCGAUGUAAUUGUAUUUCCGAGCAGCCGGCUGUACGUCUCGGCUCCUGUGGCUGCUCCAGUAUUUUUCUUUUAGGUAUGAAAUUUACAGGAUCUCCAAUCAAAUUAAAGGUGUCCCAGGGUCAACCCGUCAAACUAAAUUGCAGCCUCGAGGGAAUGGAAGAUCCCGAGAUGUUGUGGAUCAAGGACGGAGCAGUGGUGCAAAGCGUAGACCAGGUGUACAUUCCAGUAGAUGAAGAGCACUGGAUCGGCUUCCUCAGCUUGAAAUCCGUCGAGCGGACAGAUUCUGGGAAGUACUGGUGCCAGGUUGAGAACGGGGGGAAGAAGGAAGAAUCACAGCAAGUGUGGCUCAUAGUGGAAGGUGUACCCUACUUUACUGUGGAACCUGAGGAUGUAUCCGUGUCCCCUAAUGCCCCAUUUCAUAUGGCCUGUGCUGCUGUUGGUCCCCCUGAACCAGUGACAAUUGUCUGGUGGAUGGGAGACUCUAGAGUGGGGCUUCCAGACAUCUCCCCCUCCAUCCUAAAUGUGUCAGGUAUUAAUCAAAGCACAGUGUUCUCCUGCGAAGCUCACAACGUAAAGGGAUUGUCUUCAUCUCGGACAGCCACUGUUCAAAUUAAAGAAACUCGUUCAAAACAAAUAAUCCCUAGCCCUUGCAUGGGCAGCUGCCGUUUGGAGUCCCUAAGCUGCUGCCACAGUUCCUCUGUACAUCCAGCCAUGCCUCUCCCGCCUCUCAAUGUGACUGUGAGCCAAGUCACCAGCAGCAAUGCCAGCGUGGUCUGGGUGCCAGGGUUUGAUGGCCGCGCUCCUCUCCACUCUUGCACUCUUCAGGUAGCUGAGUCACCAGAUGGCCAGGAGGUCUCCACUGAAGUUGCCCCCGUGCCUCCCUUUGCCUAUGGUGUGCAGGGUCUGAAGCACUCCACCAACUACAGCGUUCGUGUGCAGUGCAGCAAUGAGAUGGGCAGCUCUCCUUUCACAGACAGGGUUUACUUCCAGACCCUGGAGCUUGCUCCAAGCAGCACCCCACAAAAUAUCCAUGUUAUCCAAAGAGAUCCUGGUUUGGUUUUGGAGUGGGAAGGUGUGGCUCCAGAUGUGCUAAAAGAAAAUGUCUUGGGAUACAGGCUGGAGUGGAUUCAGGAUAACAUUACUCAGGGGGAGAUGAUCGUGCAGGACACAAAAGCGAACCUCACAACAUGGAACCCUCUCAAAGACCUGAUCAUCAGGGUGUGCGUGCUGAACUCUGCCGGCUGCGGGCCAUGGAGUGACUUCUUCCUGCUGGAAGCCCAGGAGGUCAUGGGUGGGCAGAGACAACCUCCUUAUGGGACAUCCUGGGUUCCUGUGGCAUUGGGCAUUCUCACAGCUCUGGUCACAGCUGUUGCCUUGGCUCUUAUUCUGCUUCGAAAAAGAAGGAAGGAAACACGGUUUGGCCAUGCCUUUGGCAGUGUGGUUGGCAGAGGGGAUCCAGCAGUCCAUUUCAGAGCUGCCAGGUCUUUCAACAGGGAGGGCCCAGAGCUCAUUGAAGCAACGUUGGAGAGUGUGGGGAUCAGUGAUGAGCUGAAGACAAAACUCAAAGAUGUCCUAAUCCAGGAACAGCAGUUCACCUUGGGAAGGAUGUUAGGCAAGGGGGAAUUUGGGUCGGUUCGAGAGGCACUACUGAAGCUAGAUGAUGGCUCUUUCCAGAAAGUGGCAGUGAAGAUGCUAAAAGCGGACAUCUUCACCUCAACUGACAUUGAGGAGUUCCUGCGAGAGGCCGCGUGCAUGAAGGAGUUUGACCACCCGCAUGUCACCAAACUGAUUGGAGUCAGUCUACGGAGCCGUCCCAAGGGCCGUCUCCCAAUUCCCAUGGUGAUCCUGCCCUUCAUGAAGCAUGGAGACCUUCAUGCUUUUCUGCUGAUGUCACGGAUUGGGGAAAACCCUUUUAACUUGCCCGUUCAGACGCUCCUCAAGUUCAUGAUUGACAUUGCCAGCGGGAUGGAGUACUUGAGCUCAAAAAAUUUCAUACACAGGGACCUUGCAGCUCGGAACUGCAUGUUGGAUGAGAACAUGAAUGUGAGUGUUGCAGACUUCGGGCUUUCUAAGAAAAUCUACAGUGGAGACUACUACCGUCAGGGCUGUGCUUCCAAGCUGCCAGUGAAGUGGCUUGCUCUGGAAAGUCUGGCAGAUAAUCUGUACACAACACACAGUGAUGUGUGGGCGUUUGGGGUGACCAUGUGGGAGAUUGUGACCCGAGGGCAAACCCCUUAUGCUGGCAUUGAGAACGCAGAAAUCUACAACUACCUCAUCAGUGGGAACAGGCUGAAGCAGCCGCCGGAGUGCCUGGAAGAUGUGUACGAUCUCAUGUGCAGAUGUUGGCAUUCUGAGCCCAAGCUACGCCCGAGCUUCGCAAUGCUCCGGUCCCAGCUGGAAAUGAUUCGGGGGAGGAUGUCCACGCUCUCUUCCAGUCAAGACCCUCUUUAUGUCAACAUAGGGAAGGACAAAGAGGCGUCCGGCAGUGACCCUGCCCUGCACGCCUCCUUUGGAAACACGGACGGUGAUGAGACCGUUGCUGGGGCAGCUGCUGCUGUCACGAGUGACUAUCGCUACAUCAUGAGCCCCUUGUGCCUUGGAGAUGAUGCCGAGGCUGCAAGGCAUCCAGAUGGGCAGGAAGGGGAGGACAAAAGCCUUCUGUAUGAGCUGGAGACAGAAGGAGAGAAAAGUUGUUAGUCUGUACAUAGCAGUGACACUCUGCUUCCCUGGGACGGGAUGCGUGCAGCCAUGGUGCCGUGUCGCUUGGGGCUCCGAUGCCGGAUCUGGAAUGGCUUUGAACAACGCCGGCUGGAGCUCGUGGGCAGCUGUGGCAGCUUUCACCAGCUGCAUGGGCUGCAGGUGUGGACAGCUUGGAUGGACCACAACCCUGACACCCCCUUGGAUUUGGGAAGGGGGGGCGGUAGGGUGGGGGGUUGAUCACCUCCCGCUGAAAGAAGGUCAAAGCCAAGGUGGACAGUCAGAGUCUGUGCUCUGGUCCUUCUCACUGACAGCUGGAGCAGAGCUGAAUGCACCCUCUGUGUUCAGUCAGCGCUCGCUCUCGUGUAGAUGUUGUCUUCGGUACUGGCUGCAUGACUUGGGACUGGUACCUCUGAAAACACUAGUGGGUAUUUACGUUGUCAUUCAGGACACCAGGGAAAUUCCCCUCGUGUUCACUCAGCAGUGCUGCCUAGACAUGUUGCCUACCUCAGUGGUUCUCAAUCUGCAGAUCUCCUUUCACCCAGCAUUGAAUUUGAACAUCUGGUACGCUUCAUGCGGUGACACUUGCUGCUCCUUCAGCCCAGGGCUCUUAGGAGAUUCAGAUGUUUCAAUGAGUGGUGAAAUUAGAAAAAAAAAUAAUGAAAAUCCAGCAUCCCUCUUCACCCCACACACCUCUUUUGUAUUUUUUUUCUUCUGUUUGGCAUCAGCUCAGGUCUGACCAGACUUGCAGCUGUCAUUCAAGUGGGAAGGAGGGUGAGCAGCUGGAGCAGGUGAGGACAGGAUCUACUUUCAAAGGGGUUGAGAGGAAACUGUAGGGAGGACUUGCCAGCAGUAAGGGGAAGCAGUGCUAAUUAAUGCUAAGCUCUGUCCUCCAGGAGAGGAAGGAGACUGCUUAGAUGCAGAGUGGCAGCCUUGCAUCAGUUUCACCAGGAGCAGGAUUCAGUAUUUGAUUUAGAAUGGGUUUUCUUUAAUCUUUCUCUUUAACCACCCAAUGACUUUUUCCAAUAACCCAGUGCUGUAGCUGCUGUGGUGAAGGUAUGAAAUCAAUUUGGGGAAGGUGUGCGUGUGUGUUGGGGGUAAGAACAGGGAGAUCUCAUUCUAAAGAGAGAGAAUCAUCAUCACAAAAAAAGCUUGAGAACCACUGGCCAUUCUGUUUAGGAGGUCUUCUGGCAUGCUGUAAAAGCCACAUCAGAUCAUAGACCUGUAUCACUGCAGCCUUUCAGACAGGGCAGAAUUAACGGUUUUGCUCUUUGGAUUUUGUUUUGUUUUUCAAUCAGCAUGUCUGACUCACUGUAACUGCAAGCGCUUUUGUGGUUUUUAAUAAUUUAAUAUUUUAAUGUAAAAUCAGCAUUUGCUUUGUGCAGUGGUUCCCAGCAAGGAAGUGCAGUUACAUCUUACUCUAAUUAUCCUAAAUAUUUUCUAGAUCUUGAUUUCUUUUAUUUCCAAUGCGCUGAAAACUCGGCAGAACCACAAGACUUAGGAUUCCUCAUUGCUCUUCCUCGGAAACCAAAUACCACCACUGUCAUCACUUGCCAAGUUGGCCAAGGUGGGACCAAUGAGUCGAGUUAGACUGCAAGGCUCAGUGUUGCGACACCCCGCCGUUCAAUGCCCAGUUCUCGGCUAUGGCAAGCUUAGGGGCUCGCUACAAAGUCUGGGUCCAGUUUCAUCCCUUGUGGAGGGCACUUUGUAAGGGAGGGAAAUUUCAGUCUGGGGCUUGGGCAUGGGUCCUUUCUGUGAGGUUUCCUACCACAAUGCAGCCUACAGCUGUCUCCAGAAGCUCCGUACAGUUCCUCGGUCACAGAUAGGAACUGCACAACCUUACAACCCAGGCACUACAGGGGUUUCUCUUCAUUUAGGUGGAACGCUGUAAAUGCAGGUGAGAAGAUAACACCUAACAAAGGGUAACAGACGUGCGCAGUGCACAUGUUGGCUGAGGGCAGAAGGCUAUGCUCCCUGCAGCUGCCUGGGAAGCGCAGAUGUACAUAUAGACUCUAACUUUGGGAAGCAUGUCAUUAGUUUUUAUGCAUUUUUUUAAUAAUAAAAUACGUACGGUGUCUGA